AUGUUUGGAAUCAUGACAUAUCUGUGCGCAGUGGGGCUUGCAGCUACCUGCGCUGAACAUGUGGACAUGCAGCUCAUGCAGAUGCACACGGCCUUUCUCUUGCCUGGCAGUGGGAACCAGCAGGGAUGCCAUACCUCAACCCAGGGCGAGGAAUGUUAUGAGAAGGUGAUGUGGGCGAUGCGCACGGGCAUCAAAAAACACCCAGAGUGGUAUCUCCCACUGACGAGUAACUCCAGCCUCGAGGACUUCCAGCAGCACCUGCAUGCAACGGACAGGCUCUCUGACGCUUGCCCCAAGCCAUGUGCAGCGGCGCAGUCCGAGGAGCGGCUCCGGACAAGUUUUGGAACCCCGAUGCCUACAGCGUUGCAUGUUGGAACUCCAAUGCCAACAGAAAUUCAUUUAGAUGACCUGCUCACAUCGGUCUACCCUGGAUACGAGCAAGUUGGUCGUAAUUGCCAGUGUGGAACACUAAUCAGACGGUUCUCAGAAGAGCACGAUUCUCUCGAAUCGUGUGCCGAGGAGUGCAACUUGUACCCCCACUGCGAUGCCAUCGCUAUUCAGCCUUGGCAGUCUAUCUGGAGAGGCCAAUGCGAUCUUUUCACUGCAGCAUGUGAGGAAACGAAUGGGCAUGACUCCAACACCACCUGUGCCGACCCAUACCCAGCGGGAGCCAUCAGUGUCAACUUUAAUCGGAUGCCGACGUCCGCGCCCACGCCUGCACCCACGGCUUCGCUAGAUGCUUGCGAUGUCACGGACGGAUCAUUCAUGAGUUCUUCCUACCCGUGCCAGUGCGGGUCGGAAGUGUGUGUAACAAACGAAGUUUGCUCACGUGACAGGCGAGGCUUUUCGUGCGAUCCUCCAGGCAUUCUGAAGGUAGAAUGGCCGUGCCUGACGACUUCGAUCGGCAGCCCCUACUUCGUGUUUGCUGGCAGCAGCGUAACAGGAGCACCAGUGUACAGCAACACCGAUGGGCACGGUGGCGGACAUCUAUUGGGACGCGUCGUGCGAUGGCAUUGA